GUAGCUUCGACGGCCCUGUCCCUUGAUGCUGCGUCGUCUGCGCGAUUCCCGGUAUAGUCUGUCCAACCAGAGCUUCACCAUCCCAUCGCAUCAUGGCCACGGCGACGGUGACCAUGCCCGCUCCCGUCGCGGGCGUCACCACGGCGACAGCCAUCGAGCUCGGUCCCCGCGGCGGCGGUAUGAACAGCAGCGUCGACAAUGACAAUGGGGGCAUUGCCCUCCAACAGCGCGCCGCUCGCCCUCUUCCUCCCUCCUCCGCCUCGUCCUCCGACACCGCCGCCGCCGACCCCGUCCUCGAGGCGUCGCGACUUGCCGACAGCACCGUGCCCGACGGAGGCUUCGAGGCGUGGUCCGUCAUCGCCGCCUGCGCCGUCGUCUCCUUCUGGUUCACGGGCGUCAGCUACUCGUGGGGCGUCAUGCAGUCGGCCCUCGUCGCCUCAGGUCUCGCCCCGGCCUCGACGCUGUCGUGGGUCGGCUCCCUGCCGCCUACCCUCAUCGCCGCCUGCGCCGUCACCAACGCUCGCCUAGUGCGUGCCGUGGGCCUGCGCGCCGUGGCCAUCGCCGGCGUCUGCAUCAUCGUCGCCGCCGAAGUCGCCAGCGGCUUCUGCGCCCGCAGCGUCCCAGGCCUGUUCGUCACCGCCGGGGCCAUGCUCGGCCUCGGCAUGAGCCUCUGCUUCACCACCUGCGCCGUCACACCCGCGCAGUACUUUCGCCGCCGGCGCGGCCUCGCCAACGGCGUCGUCUUCGCGGGCGGCGGGCUCGGCGGCGCGGCCGUCACGCUGCUGCAGGGCGUGCUGAUCCAACGAUUCGGCGUGGCCUGGACGUACCGCAUCGUGGGGCUUGCCGCGCUCGUCACGGGUCUUCCGGCAGCGCUCGUCAUCAAGGAGCGGCGGCAUGCAUCGGCGCCAUCGUCGUCGCCAUCGUACUCGGCUACGGGCGGCGGGCAGCACCUCGAGUGGCGGCUGUUCCGCGACGUGCGCUUCCUCCUCAUCUUCCUGGCUGGCGCCGUCGCCACGUUCCCGCUGCUCGUGCCCGCCUUCUUCCUGCCGCUGUACGCACACGCACUUGGCCUGUCGUCGUCGGCGGGCGCCGGCCUGCUGGCGGGCUUCAACCUGUCAUCGGCGCUGGGCCGCGUGCUGUGCGGCCUCCUGUCGGACCGUCUGGGCCCGCUCAACACGCUGCUGGCGACACUCGUGGUCAGCGGCGCCGGCAUGCUCGUCCUGUGGCCGGCGUCGACAACAGUCGCCCCGCUGGCGCUGUUUGCCGUCCUCAACGGCGCGUCCAACGGGGGGUUCUUCGCCACCAUACCGACCGUCGUGGGCAACGUGUUUGGCUCGGCGCGUGUGGCCGUCGCGCUGGGCAUGGUGGUGACGGGCUGGGGGCCGGGGUACCUCAUGGGCGCGCCCAUCGCUGGCUACCUGCUGGAUGCGUACGGCGGCCAGGACAAUGGCCUGCAGGCGUAUCGACCGGCCAUGUUUUAUGCUGGGUCUCUCGCGCUCGGGGCGGCCGUGCUGGUGGUUGUGAUGCGCCUUCGCAUGAAUCCGUCGCUCAAGGCGAGAGUGUGAAGGAGGAGUGUUGCAAUUAAAUUGGCUCAUGUAAAUGGGUACGUGUCGGUACGUCUCACGAGGGAUACGUACUAUCCUGCGUGACUUAUAGCAGCCCACCACCAAGUCGCGGCGUACGGAGUACACGGCGACAAGCCACCUGUGGAUUUAGGCACAGGAAGUGCUACCUACCUAUUGAGCAGCAGGUCC